ACGUCCGUCGUCGAUAUGACAAACACCAGCAGCGCCAACAGCACUUUGUCAAUAAACGAUUAUUACGAUUACACCGAAAGGCCGGAGACGUACAUCGUUCCCGUACUGUUCGCCAUAAUAUUUGUCGUCGGCAUGAUCGGCAACGUGACGUUGGUGUUGAUAUUUGUCCGGAACAAGCAAAUGAGGAACGUGCCCAAUAUUUACAUAAUCAAUCUGGCACUCGGUGAUUUAUUGGUGAUCGUCAGCUGCGUGCCGUUUACGUCUACCGUCUACACGUUCCCGACGUGGCCUUACGGGCUGGCCGUGUGCAAAGUGUCGGAGACGGCCAAAGACGUUUCGAUCGGCGUGUCCGUGUUCACGUUGACCGCGCUCAGCGCCGACCGGUAUUUCGCCAUCGUGAAUCCAAUGCGCAAGCUGCACGCGUCCAUCGGCGGACGGUUCGCCACCCGGUUCACGCUCACCGUGGCCGCGGCCAUCUGGGCGGUGGCCGUGGCGUGCGCCGUACCCGCCGCCCGGUUCUCGUACGUCCGCCAGUUCCGCGUGCACAACGUCACCCUGUUCGAGGUCUGUUACCCGUUCUCCGAGCACCUGGGGCCCGCCUAUCCCAAGGUCAUGGUGACGGUCAAGUUCCUCGUCUACUACGCCGUCCCGCUGGCUGUCAUCGCGUUCUUCUACGUGCUCAUCGCCCGGUACCUGUUGCACACCACCAACAACAUGCCCGGCGAACUACAGGGACAAAUACGUCAAGUGCGAGCUCGAAAAAAAGUCGCCAAAGCUGUGCUGGCCUUCGUGUUGAUGUUUGCCGUUUGUUUUCUACCCCAUCACAUUUUCAUGCUGUGGUUUUACAACUACCCCAAGUCAACGGAAGAGUACAACACUUUCUGGCACGUAUUACGCAUUGUUGGGUUUUGUCUGAGUUUCAUAAACUCUUGCAUCAACCCCAUUGCCCUAUAUUUGGUGAGCGGCACGUUUCGCAAGCAUUUCGACAAACAGUUAUUCUGGUGGUGCAUAGCAUCUACAACGGCCACUACAGAAUCCAACUUGUUCGUGAUCAAAAAGAACGGAACUUCGAGUCGAGACAUAAAAAUUACAGAGUUUAUAACGUCGCCGUCGAUGCAUUCGGCUACAAACAAAAACCGAAGCAAUAAGACUUUUACUGCGAUCACGAAUACCGAAAGUCGAAAAAUCAAGGGGACCCAACAUGGGGCGGAAAGGGGAUGGCUAUCGCCUUCCAUAUAG